AUGUACAAUGCGAGCAUUUCAGAUGCCAUACCCAGCUGGUUCGGAGUGCUUUCUAAUGAUACUGGUGGCAUAAUUCUCUCCGGUAACAAAUUGGAGGGAUCUCUCAACUCAUUUAUUUCAGUGGCUGAUGUUGAUAAAAAGGUUGUACAAAUGUGGUAUCUCCUCCUCAAUCACAACCAUUUCACUGGUAGUAUCCCGGAAGACUUGUGCAAGUUGAAAACUUUAAUUUAUUUAGAUCUGUCCAACAACCAUUUGUCUGGAAGAAUUCCUUUAUGCUUGGGAAACUUGCGAUAUUUGAGGAUCCUACAUUUGGGAAGUAACAGCCUAUAUGGUCAGAUCCCAGGUUCACUGGGCAACUUGGGAGAACUUAUUAGUCUGCAAUUGAGUAAAAAUAGGUUUGAUGGGAAGCUCCCUCCUUCAAUGCAGAAUCUGAAAAGAUUGCGGUUCCUGGAUCUGGGAGAAAAUAGAAUAGCGGAUACUAUACCAGCGUGGAUUGGGGAAAGGUCAUCACACUUGGAGUUUCUGACACUUCAGUCGAAUAAUUUCCACGGAGGUAUCUCUAAUACACUCUGCCAACUCCCAUAUCUUCAAGUGCUCAACCUGGAACAUAAUGAUUUAUCUGGAUCUAUUCCUCACUGCUUUAAAAACUUCACCGCGAUGGAAUCAACUGAACCAGGAACAUUUCCGUACUCAAACAAUUCUUUUGUUGAUCCCGUACUGCGAAACUUUAAGGCAGGAAUAGAGCUUGAGUACUCAAAAACCAUAGAUUCUGUUAAAUCCAUUAGCCUCUCAGGAAAUAAUUUGGUCGGUGAAAUCCCUGAUGAGAUAAUGGGUCUCGUUGGGUUGCAAACUUUGAACCUUUCAAAAAACCAUCUAAAUGGAAGGAUCCCCAAGAACAUUGGCAAUUUGAAGCAACUUGAAACACUUGAUUUAUCGAUGAAUGAACUCAGAGGUGAAAUCCCUCCAAGCUUGUCGAGUAUAUACUCAUUGAGCUCUCUGAAUUUGUCAUACAAUAAGCUAUCAGGGCCGAUACCAUCUGGAAAUCAACUUCAGACCUUGAAUGAUCCAUCCAUCUAUGAGGGAAACAUUGGACUCUGUGGGAAGCCACUCCUGAACAGCUGCCCUGCAGGCGAAUCGCCAACAGAAAAUGGGCCUGUUCUCGACGAUAAAGGUCACAGCGAGUCUGAUUUCUCAUGGUUUUAUGCCGGUUUUGGACCUGGAUUCAGUGUUGGUGUAGUGGGAGUUGUGGGAAUCCUUCAAUUCAAGCAGUCAUGGCGCUAUGCAUUAUUCAAAUGUGUGGAAAAUGCCUAUGACAGAAUUUGGGUUAUGAUCGGAUUGAAGACUUCUCGUCUACGGAGGAAUUUCCAUUGAGCCUAUAACCAUUCAAGCUGCUAUGGAUCUGGUUUUAGAAUGGAGACUUUCUUCUAGGUGCUUUGAGAAGGAAGAUUACUAGUUUUAUUCUGAGUAUGGUAACUCCAGAUGUAAAUGUAAUACAAGGAUUAGUCAUCUCCUCCUGUAAUCUCCGAGUCCUACCUCAAUAAGAACGUUUAUAUUUUCCA